UCUAGGCAAACUCUACGUAGAGACGACCCUGCCUCUCUUUUACUAACGCGCAAAUUUUGCUUUUUGACAGCUACGAUGAUCCCCCACGAUGCGGUAGAGCAUCGUAAUGCACAAACGGAUCCAUGCAUGCAUUCGAUGAUGCAUUUUGAUUUGCUAAGGGGAUCAGAAGUCGUAUUCGGCACGUCUGAAAUCCUUCCGCGAAGACCCCAAGAUAACACGCCAUUCCACCACCACGGUACACUCGCCAGGCGAGGUUUUCGGCGCUUUUCCAGGGUCUAAAGGCCGCAAGUUUACGUGUAUGCCGCGUCUAGACAUGCAAUGGAUGCUCGGUGGCGGUCUGGAUGCAAGGGGUCUUCUUGGCUGC